UCGAAAGUUGUUCUUCCCUCCGCCUCUGUUCCGAGCAAGCCGUCGGGUUCCACUCCCGCAAGAGGUCUCAUGACCAGCGGGAACAGGCUUUGGCACCUGGCUCCUCGAAGCGCCAGGAGAGGAAAGAGCCAGAAGCCGUGGUCGACGCGAUUGCGCCUCUGGCUGGAGAGGGUGCGGGACAACCGUCGCCCGUGAGGGUGCAACUGGUGACCCUCCAACAACCCUCUCGACUUUAUGACAACCCCGACUCCCUCCAGAUUCUCAACUACCUCCAGUCAGCUCUUUCGGAGGACGACCGAGCAUGCUCCGACGGCAACCCAUAUGACAGAGCUCUUUAUGUCGCUCGGCUCAUUCCUCGGGUAAAAUAUAUUUUCAUGCGUUCAAUAAUUUUGAACUUUCUCAAUAUUCAGAUGCCGCCACGUAGGGAACCCGAUCAUCCGGCUCCUACUCAGGCUACAGUGGUCGCCCAGUUCCGCGACUAUCAUGCCGAAAAGUUCUCAGGGCAGGGAGAUCCACGCGUAGUGGACGAGUGGAUUCAGGGUAUGGAGUUUAUCUUCGAGGUCAUGGAGUGCCCUGAGAGAUAUCGCGUCAUUUGUGCUCAGCUUCAGUUCACCGGUGAUGCCAGGCUCUGGUGGAACGCUUACUGGGGCAUGCGUCCCGGUGAGAAGGCGGGAUGUACGUGGGAGAUGCUCAAGGAGUUAAUCCAUGAGAAGUACUAUCCCACAUACUACCGAGCAGAGAUGGAUCAUCAGUUUCUAUCGCUCCAGCAGGGUACUCGUACUGUUGACGAGUACGAGAGGGAGUUCACGAGACUUGCAGCUGUC